UCAAAAUCUGAAAAUGACCGGGAGGAGGGGUCAAUAGGUUUGGUGAUAAAAUAAAUAAUUAUUUUUACAGCGUAGUAUUUUCUACGUAUUUGUUUCGAAAUUUUAUGUACAAAAUGGAAACCAAAGUAGCAGUAGUUACAGGAAGUAAUAAGGGUAUAGGGUUCGAGAUUGUCAAAGGAUUGUGUCGGAGCUAUGAUGGUGCUGUGUACCUUACAGCUAGAGAUGAGGAAAGAGGAAAGCAAGCUGUAAAGAAAUUGGAAGAACUCGGAUUCAAGCCACUGUUCCAUAUGCUGGAUGUCACGAGCGAAGACAGUGUCCAGGAUUUUGCCACAUAUAUUGCAAAACAUCACAAAGGAAUUGAUGUGUUGGUAAAUAACGCUGGAAUAUUAGAUUUUGAUAAAUCUGUUUCAUCGUAUGAAGACGCCAAAAAACUCAUUGAUACAAACUUUAUGAGUAUAUUGACGAUAUCGAAAAUACUGUAUCCCCUUUUAAAAGACAAUGCUCGCAUCAUUAAUAUUAGUAGUGACUGGGGAUUGCUAUCGAAUAUUAGGAAACAGGUUUGGCUGGAUACGCUGAUCAAAGACGAUCUUUCUGAGGAAGAAAUUCUGCAGUUUGUAAAUGACUUCCUACAGGCAGCAAAAACUGGAAAGAGUGCAUUUGUGUCGUUUGCGGGUCAUUAUGGAGAUUAUAAAGUGUCAAAAGUGGCUUUGUCAGCUCUGACUUUUGUUCAACAAAGGAAGUUUAAUGAGCAAGGCAAAGGCAUAUCCGUAAACUGUGUUCACCCUGGUUUUGUUAAGACUGAUAUGACAAAAGGCAUGGGUGAUUUUACUCCUGAGCGUGGUGCACGGGCCCCUCUCUACUUGGCACUGGAGGCACCCCAGACGCUCAAGGGAACUUUUGUUUGGCAUGAUUGUCACCAAGUGAACUGGGAUGAUUAAGGAUAAUAAUGGUUGUUCUUUGUUGUUUCAUAACCAUGUUAAUCCUGUGAUAGUGUCACAUACACUUUAAAUUUAAUAUAUGGUUUCUUUUAUUUA